AUGGCUGGAUAUAGUCCAAAGGAGGAAUCCGAUUUGUGUGGAGUGAUUGUCAAGACCAACUUCUUUGGAACAGUUUUAUAAUCAGUGCUCAGAAUUGAUAAAGGUUAUCUUCUAAUGUGAGAAGGUAUUUUUAAAUCUGAUUACAUAAAAUUAUAAUUGAUAAUAAGAUUUUGAAGUUGUGUUUUUGAGUUUUGGUAUAUAACUUUUGGGAUAUUAAUUAAAACAAAAAAUUUCAUCAUAUCAAAUAAAAUGUCAUUCACCAACUCAUCAGUUAGCAAUUCUUCAUUAUUUUCAUAAACUUCAAUUAACUACAUCCAAACCCACUUCGACGAAGAAUUGGAAUUACAAGAAUUGGAAGCAGAAAAAGAGAUUUUUGCUUAAAUGUUUCAAACUCAUUAUAACACUACUAACAUGUUCAUCUAGACUGUUUAAGAAUCUCAUACUUUAAAGUAACAAAUCUAGAAAAAUUUACUUUUAUUAGGUAAACCAAAAAACUGAGAAUCCUUAAACGAAAACUUCGUAAACUGAUGAGAAGUCAAAUAAGUAGAAGAAGAGGCAUGAAUGGUCAAUGGCAGGGAGGGUCUCUAAGUGGAAUGACAGCCUCCAACUAAUCUCAAUAUUAUCCUUAUUAAGAGGGUCCAUCUUAUGGUAAUAGUCAUUAAGAAACUGAUAACUCAGAUGUAAAGUCUAUACCAGAACCUAUUAUAAUUCCAGAUAUUAGUAUUAUUUCGUCGUCAUCUACAUUGCAUUCAUGUUUAGCAUUGAUUUAAUUUUAGCAUCUCAGACAAGGACGGCCGAUGUGAAUAAUGUGGAUGUUUAAAAGAUUACAGACAAUAAUAGCAAUAUUACCAAAAAUAAUAACAAUAUUAAUACUACUAAUAAUUAAUGUGAGGGAAUUGUGAAAAGAGCCUUCCAAUAAUAUGACCCAAAUGAGUAGUGUUAGUGGUUUUAGCAUUAGUAGUAGUGAAAGACACCCUUCAAACUGGUAGCUGCAGUUAUGAGGGGUUGAAAAAGCCGUGCGUACACUCAAUGAAGUGACAAAGCUUUCAUCAACAC